AUGACCGACGACCGGAGUGAGGACGAUCCGAUAAUGGAUCUCUGGUAUAGUAGCUGGGAACAGCAAUGUGCCGAAUCGAUCGAAGCCGAACCAGACUACGAGAGCCAGCUGCACAAUGAGAAGGAAGUCUAUUCGCAGCAGAUGUGGGCGAGCUUCCAAACUACAGCGUCGGCCAUCGCCCAGCUGUACAAAGAUCGCACGCUGGGUGUAUCUUUGUGGGUACCGUUUCAAACUGCUGCUGGCACUGUCACGUCAUUGUACAAAGAUUCCAUCGAUAGCAUGAGGCGUUGUAGCGAUUUAGGAGUAGAAAUGGGAAAGCAAAAACGCAGCAAAGAAAUUCUCAAUUGGGCGAGAAAAAAAAGACGUAUGAUACGUAGAGAAGAUCUUCUUGCAUACUUGGCUGGCAGACCACCGCCACCCCGACCACAUUCGCACAGAAGUUCACCUAAGCCGCGUAUGAUGGUGUGUGGCUCUCCUCCAUCACAGAGCCCAACACCGAGUAUGGUUGUCGCUUCAACACCAACAUCAGGCAGCGACCCAGAUCCCGAGUUACAUACAUUUAGAGAGGCCAUUGCAUUAUCUGGUUCACCGAUGUCUCGACGUAGUGGACGACAAGCUGAACUGUCGGCCUUUAUUAACAACGAACUCGCUCGGAAUCAUAAACGGCCUGCUUCGCACGAUGUGGAUAUGGGAUCCCCCACGCACAAACGUAUGCGUUUCAUGUAACGGCGCGCGACAUAUAAGGUAGUUAUACUCCCUUGAUCCCUGUUAAUUAAUUGAUCAAUUCGUAACUAAAUAGUUCAGCUCCCCUAUAUAGUUCCCAGUUACGUGUAAUUGUUUGAGGAAAACGGUAGUGGUUCACACUGCCAGAUAAGCACGUUCGUAUGUGUCUCUGUUACCUUCUACUGCCGAUUUUAAUUUACAUGCCAUUUAAAAAUGAUUCAAGUAUAUCAUACUUAUGUGUUUCAUGGAUUAUAGGUUACAGUCGUCGCUUAACUGAUUCAUUUCACGGGAGUUUUUAUAUUAACAAGAUGAUGAGGUACGCUAAAACUUCGAAUUUCUGAUUGUUCUUUAAUUUCUCACGAUAAUGGUUUCAUGAAAAAGAAGUUUAAAAGUGCAAUUGUGCAACUGUGUAUCGUUAUCAGUGCAUAUAGAGCUACCCAAAUGAGAGCGCACGAACGUGUCUUAAUGCUGUUCAAAGUGCCCACAUACGAUGAUUGGUCUUAUUUCAUGUGCAAGAGUUUGUAUACGAGACUGUCAUUUUGUCGAUUUAUAAAUCAAUUUGCGAAGAACUAGCCAGACAUAUAAUAUCAAUCUGAAAUAUUAAGUCUUUGUAUGAACAAGAUUGAUAAGUAUAUCGAAAUUUGUAGCAGCUGGUAGACAUCCUGGUAUUUAUCAAUCAUUAUCGUCGGCCUGCUACAUCACAUAUGGAUGAAAUUCUUGAUAGAUCAAACGAAAAUUUUUUUUUCACUAUAAACUGAUGGCAAUUUCUGUCAAAUAGGGACAGGGAGAGAAAGAGACAGAGAAGAUACGAUUGUAUUAUAUCCGUUCGUAUAUUCCAAGAAUUGUUUAGGUCGCUGAAUAUAAUAUUGUUGUUAUUAUAUCAUGAGCAUAGGCAAUUAAUUUUUUGAGUGCUUUUUGGCGAAAUAAUACGAAGUAAUACGUCGACAUUAAAACAUUUUAUAUUAUUUGCAUCGUUGGUACCUGUGAAGACGAAUCAAUUAUAUUAUUCGCAAUGCUCUCUUAAAAUUUAUUAUAGUAAGAAAGAUUUUACACAAGAAUAUUCUCCGAUAUAAUUUCCAUGUUUGUCAAAGCACUUGAUCAACCAAAAAUAUGUUUUUAAAAAUAUAAAACUGUUUAUAUGAGUCGGUGGGCCAGGUGCAUUGAGAAACGAGGAGUUUAUGUUAAAAAAACUUUUUAUAAGGUAUUUAAUGUUGUAAUAAUUUUUAGAAAGAAAUUUUUAACAAUAAAGUUUAGUAUUGCGAAUAGAUACAUUGAUUCAUUUCGUAGAUACAACGAAAAAAAUGGAAAUAUUAACAUAUUGGAAUAUGUCAAUAGAAUUAAGAAUAGUGCAGUGAUAAGAUUUGUUCGAUUUUGAUCGCACUCUAAACUUUAUUUGUGAAAUAUUAGAAUUGAUUUUUGGUUUUCUAAAUUCUUGUUAAAAUAUAUCUUAUUGUAUAGUAUAUCAUCGAGCUACU